AUGGAUAUUAUUUUAGGUAUCAGAGUACAAGACUCGACAAUCAUCGCCACAUCGAAAGCGGCAACCAGAGGUAUUUCAGUGUUGAAGGAUACAGAUGAUAAGACCCGUAAAUUGAACACCCACAACUUAGUUGCGUUCACAGGUGAGGCUGGUGACACCGUUCAGUUUGCAGAAUACAUCCAGGCUAACAUUCAGUUACAUACUAUGCGUGAAAAUGACGUUGAAUUGAGCCCUAAGGCAACUGCGUCGUUCGUUAGAAACCAAUUGGCUACAUCCAUCAGAUCGCGUAAACCAUACCAGGUGAAUGUGUUGAUUGGUGGUUAUGAUGUGAAUACCGAUCAGCCUAGCUUGAAUUGGAUAGACUACUUGGGGACGCAAGUGGAAUUACCCUACGCAGCCCAUGGAUAUGCUGCAUUUUAUUGUACAUCCUUAUUGGACAGACAUUAUAGAAAAGAUAUGAAAUUUGACGAAGGAUUGAAAUUAUUAAAGGAAUGUUUAAAGGAAUUAGAAACCAGAAUGCCAAUCGAUUUCAAAGGUUGUUAUAUUAAAGUAGUUGAUAAAGAAGGGAUCAAAGUGGUUGAGUAG